GUGGGUGGCGCAUUCUCCAGGGGGCGCCAGGACUGCAGCCUGCCUGCCUGCCGAUGCCAUUUAAAAAGUGCUCCAGCCCCGAGCGCGCCGGGUUCCUCGCCUCCUCGAGUUUGAGAAGCGGAAAUGGCCAGCGCGGGAGAAGCGCUUUGUUCUUUGGCGGCGGCGGCGGCGCGGCGGUUCGCGUGAGGCGCUACAGGCCUCUCUGGCGGGAGAAGCGAGCGAGGCGGGGAGGCGCGCCGGCCCUGAGGCGAAGGGUGUGCGAGCGAGAGCGCGGCGGGGCUUCCCUCCUCGGCCGGCCUCUUCUUCCGCGAGCGCCCUCGGCCCCCUUGACGCGCCCGGCUGGGGUGGAGGAGCCGCGUUCAAAAGCAGCGCGAGCCCAGCAGCUUCCCUCAGUGGCUGCGGGGGACGCCCGGGCGUCGUCGGAGGCGGAGAAAAGGCUCCUCUCCUUGCCCGGGUCUUGCGGGAACUUUGUUACGGCGCCGCCGCCGGGAGGAUGCUGGAGGGCGGCUGCAAAGCCGUGAAGGAGGGCGUGCUGGAGAAGCGCAGCGACGGCUUGCUGCAGCUGUGGAAGAAGAAGCGCUGCAUCCUCACCGAGGAAGGGCUCCUGCUCAUCCCGCCCAAGCAGCCGGAGCUGGCGGCGGCGGCGGCGGCUCCUGCUCCGCCGCCUGCUGCUCCUCUCCCCGGCCUGGAGACGACGACGACGACGACGAUGAGCGCGGCGCCCUGCGUGGUCGCCAAGAUCAAGGAGCUGCCCUUCUCCACCAUGAAGACGGUGGACUGCGUGGAGCGCAAAGGCAAGUACGUGUACUUCACGGUGGUGAUGGCCGAGGGCAAAGAGAUCGACUUUCGGUGCCCGCAGGAGCAGGGCUGGAACGCCGAGAUCACGCUGCAGCUGGUGCAGUACAAGAACCGCCAGGCCAUCCUGGCCGUCAAGUCCACGCGGCAGAAGCAGCAGCACCUCGUCCAGCAGCACGGGCCGCGCCUGCGGAGCGCCUCCAACUCCGCCUAGCCGGGCCCCAGCCAGGGCAGGUAGGAGCCGGGCGGGGAGAGGGCUGCCCUCCUGCCGCCGAUCGCCCCGCUCCCCUUGCAGCCCUUCCCCAGCGCCUUUCUGGAAAGAGCCUUUCCAGACGGAUUCCCUAACAAUCACCUCUCUCUGCCGUCUUAGUUUUGCCCGGCGAAAAGUGCCGUGUUGCUUUCCUGAAGCGCGCGUCUGGAUGGGCAGCCCGCUUCACGCGCGCGAUGUUUUGCUAGGAAUCAUAGAGUUGGAAGGGACCCUGAGGAUCAUCUAGUCCAAUAAAAUAAUAAUAAUAUAUUCUUUAUAUCCUGCCCAUCUGGCUGGGUCCCCCCCCCCUGCACUGCAGGAAUAUGCAGCUGCCCCAUGCAUUGGGGUCGAACUUGCAACCUUGGCGGUUAUCAGCACCAGUCUGUAACCGGCUGAGAGAAGUUGUGCAUGAGGCUCAAGCAUGAAAAACACGCGCAAAUGCUCUCCUGUGGUUCGUGCACGUGUGUGUUUCAUUAGCUGUGUGUGUAAAAGAGAGAGAGUCACUGGGUGACUUUCAUUCCUUUCCCUGCACAGAAAUCCUCUUCUGUAAUUAAGAGUAAGGCUUGAAGCGCUUGAUCGGAUCCCUCUAGCAACCCUAGAGCAUGUUGUUUGUCUUGCUCGCUGGACUAAUAGCCUCAGUGGACAGCUCUUCCGGCCCUUCUCAAACAGCAUGUGCUUGCAGUGUGCUGUGGCAUGAUGGAUUCUUGUGCAGCUGCUAGAUCAAGGCUGGCCCAAGUGCUUUGCCACCGGAGACAGAGCAAGAAAUACCCUCCUCCGCAAGUCAAGGUGAAGAGCACCCAAAGUCAAUCAGGUGAAUUUGCAACCAUGAUUGCUGUGCUUUAGCGCACACCAAAAAAAAUAUUUAAAAAUCCCUGCCCGUAUCUGCAAAUCAUUCAGUUCACAUGUCAUGCUUCUUCCAAGCAAUGGGGCUGAGAACAGUUAGUGACCCUUUGCAUGUAACUGUAAAAGGAAUUGCGGGUGGUGGUGGUUAGAGCUAGCAUCUUCCUGGUGCUGAAGCCUAGUUGUGGAAAUAGCUGCCAGAGCCUCAGGUUGUUGCCUCUUGGAAGGGCACUUCGCAAGAGACCCUGUUCUUUGUAUUGUCACUGUUUUAGGUAGGAAGUGUGUCUGUGGCUGUAAAAGAAGAAUGCUGCUCAGUUAUUCAGAUCACUGUCCUGUGUUGUUAUAGAUGGAAUUCAAGCAAUGCUUCUGGAAGCGAGGUGGACCCUCUCCAUCGAUCACAACCUUGGCAAACAAAGGGACUGCAGACACAAGGGAGAGCAUCAGUUCUGCUGCUGGAGUCUUUCCACUUUUGGUACUGCCCAUGAUUACUCCAGGGAAGUGUUUCAACUCUUGUAACUUUGACUACUGCUUAUGAAGAUUUGAAAGGAUUAUUUGGCCUGCCGGGCCUCAAAAAAUAUAAGAUUGUUCCUGCCAUAUUCCACCCCCACCCCCCCGAUCUGUUUUCUUUUUUAUGUUAAUUUAUUAGUGGAGACUUUUGAAAGGUAUUUCUGAAUGUAGGCCAUUUAGAAAGGAAUCACACAGAGAGUAUAGUUGCAUUGGCUAUAUUGCUACACUUGAAGGGAGGAGGAAGGCAGAGGAGAGAAGGUGAUGUUGGAGAAAUGAAGAGAUGUACCAGAAUAUGGACUUUACAACUAGUCCCUCCCCCCCAUGUCACUUUUUACAUCCGUUUUCCGUUGCCACAAGUGAGAGACUAUUAUGAAACGAAUGUGUGAAAUAUGUCCUGGAAUAUGGAAAACAAUGACUUGGAACCUGAUUUCUAGGUUGCUUUAAUUUUUAUUAUAUGUUCAUUUGAAGAGUAUUAUAUUUUGCAUUCAGUAGUAAAUGCAUUUGGGUAUGCCACUUGUAUGUAUUCCUGCUUCGUGAAGAGGCUAAGGAAAUCUGACUUCAUGAUCAAGGAUAAUCGAUUUAAAAAUACAAUCAUGCUAUGUUCUUUUAUUCAGAUAAUAGAACCAUGCAGAGAACUGUUCAUUGCACUUCUUUGUUUAAGUUUGGGACCCUGUCUGUAAUGUUUCUCAGAGCUGUUACUUGAUUCUGUUCAAAUCAUUCUAAAACCUCUUCAAAUGCUACACUAAUCAUCCCAUCCAGUAAAUGUCUUACUGUUUAACUGAGGAACUUUCCCAGAAUUCCUGUAAUUGAGUUCCCUAGAUGAGUCUCAGCGCAACAUUUUCCAUUGCCCCCUGCCAUAGCCUCUAAGAAUAUCGGACAUUUCAGUCAGGGAGCAGCACUUAUUUUAAAAAAAACUAAGCAAAGAUUCUGCUUUCGUUGUUUGUUUCUAUUUACAGUCUUAAUAUGGAACAAGUAAGGCUUCUAAUAACAUUGUUUCUUUUCAAAAGUUAUUUUUAAAUUGGUUCAUUCAGUUACAAGGAGCCUAAUGUAGUUAAUUGGAUAAGGGAAGGCCUUGGGUUUUUCAAGCAUGUGUUGAACUUAAAUCCAAACUUAACCAGUCCUGCAUCAGGAGAAGACAUUGUUGGGCACCUGCUGAUACUGAAAGCAUCGGUUCCUCUGAGUACCCAAGGCUGUUCUCCUCUUCGCUGUUAAAACCUGUUUACCCAAGCAUGCAAGCACUCUAGGUAGAUAUCUGGAUCGGGCAAGUGAAUAGAUUGCAGCAACAACCACUGAAGUCAUUCAGGGAGGGACCUUAUGAAGCAUGCCUUGCCCAAAGGCUUCCCAAAAGCCAACCCUUUAUAAAGGGUACCUUAUGGUUCCUUUUAGCAUUUCCAAGUUAGUCUAAGUCAAAUAAUGAGAACUUACUCUGCCCCCAUUAACAACAGAUUAGUACUGCAGAGCACACUCUGUUAAGAAAGCAGGUCUAUACAUACUAAUUCAGACAAGUUAUGAAUGGCCUGUCUUAGGCUUUGGUGAUACCCAGUGUUGGUCAUACCCUGAGUAGACCUAUUGAAAUCAACAGGCUUAAGUCUAUUGAUUUCAGUGGAUCUAAUCUUCAUGUCUGUUGACAGUAUUCAUGGCUUCUUUCCUCAACAUUAUCUAAAUGGUGUUUAAAUUUUGUAAAAUAAAUCACCCAGAAACACCAGUGGUUUCAGAAACAGGACUUAACAUGAUUAGUUUUGCCAAUCUCCUUUUACCACCCAAAUCACUGAGAGCCUCUCUCCGUGUCUACCUCCACUUCCACUGUUUAAUGUUAUGGAAUGGGGAAUUGGACCAAAAUAUUAAAUUCCAUGCUCAAUUUCUUGAGGUUAACUGAUGUUGUCAUAACUUCUCAAUACAGUGGUACCUCUGGUUACGAACUUAAUUCGUUCCAGAGGUCCGUUUUUAACCUGAAACCGUUCUUAAUCUGAGGUACCACUUUAGCUAAUGGGGCCUCCUGCUGCCCCCAUGCUGCCACCACGCAAUUUUGUUCUCAUCCUGAGGUAAAGUUCUUAACCUGAGGGUUAGCGGAGUCUGUAACCCGAGGUGUUUGUAACCUGAGGUGUUUGUAACCCAAGGUACCACUGUGUGCUGUGUUUUUUGAAAAACGGUGGCAUAAGUCUUCAGUCAUGCCAACUUUGGUUAUUUUUCACAAUGUAUUGGAAAACUUUGAUGCUAGCUAAGCCUUGUAAGCUCCGGCGGGAACGUAAACGGCGUUUCCGUGCGCUGCUCUGGUUCGCCAGAAGCGGCUUAGUCAUGCUGGCCACAGGACCUGGAAGCUGUACGCUGGCUCUCUCGGCCAAUAAAGCGAGAUGAGCGCCGCAACCCCAGAGUUGUCCACGACUGGACCUAACAGUCAGGGGUCCCUUUACCUUUAAGCCUUGUAAUGGUGGAUUCAGCUGAUGCUACUGUCUUUAAUGCAUGACUGACUAGGCUAAAGGCCCACAUACAUUACCCCCAGUCACCUCGGAACAAAUUGUAGGAAAAAUAUGAGCUGUGAAGGAAUCAUGCUUAUUCUCUGAUAUGAGGAAUAAACAUCUUCACUUUUUGAGGCCUCCUGUUGGGCGUAUCUUAAGGACAAACUUCCUUCCCAUCCCAAGUUCAUUUUUUUGUACUGAGAAUAUGUGACUUGUAUGAUCAAGUUGGCUGUGGCUUUGUGCUUCUUUAGGAUUGCUUUAUUUUGUAUUACCUUUAAGACUUAGAAGAAAUAUCCACAGGAAUUGCUCCGCUGCGUCUCUGUUGCUAAGAAAUGUCUUUGCAGUGUAUGAAACAGAGGUCAUUCCUAGACUGUUUGAGACUAUGACAGAGGGCAACAACUUUAGGGUUGUCUCCAACUAUGCUUUACUCAGAACACACCCAUUUUAAUUAAUGAACCUCAAUAAUAUUACAAGUUUCAUGAGGAAAGGACAAAUUUUACCAAGGAAAUUCAGGGUAUAGUUACUUAGUAAUAAUAAAUGGUUUUGCACAUGUGCUUUUUUGAGCUUCCCCUCCCUCUGUGUGAUGUUCUGCAUGAUGCAGAGACCCCACAAAUGGAGCCUGUUACAGUGGCUUCGCUACCAGCCUAUCUCCAAAUAAGGUCCCAGUGAAAAGUUUUACAUUAGUGUUGCAAAUUAAUGGUGGGGGGGGGGAAGUAACAGGUAGGCCACAUGUGAUUCUCCUCGGAUGAAGAUAGAACUUUAAUAAAACAAACAAAUUUCCGCGUCAUGGUAAACCUAUGAACUGCAGAGGUUUUUCGUACUUCGCUCGUUCCUGAACAAAAGCAGGAGCAACCAACCACGGUCCCUGACUUAGAAUUACAUUGGAACUAGGGAUCAGGGUUUCUUUCAUGCCAAACAAACUACAAUUUCGUAUUGGCUUACUAAUUGUGGUUUGUUUGAGCAAAACAAAACAAAAUCACCGGCUUGGAUUUAUCAUGAAGUCAGGGGUCAUGGUUUGUUUACUCAUCCUAGGGGAGGAGUGAAGCUGGAGCAAUCUCCACAUUCAUUAUAAACUUUAUAAUGACGUGCAAACUGGACAUUUGUUUCUCAGUAGGAGAAGCCUGUUUUCAGAAGAACAGAAAUCACCCCUGUGGUUUUUCUGUUACAUUUUGGAAGUAAAAAAAACUCCCCACCCUUUUCUUUUUUAGUUCAUUGUUUUCAAUUACUGGCUUUUGCAAAGUAGCUGCAGUGAUGUACCAAAUGUUUUCUGGCACAUUGUGAGCUGAAACAAGUGUUAUCAAACAAAAUAUGUGUAAAUAUGAUGCAAAUGAUUUCUGAGAGAUGUGAUUUAUUUUUCAAUAUGCAUUCCAUUUCAAAUAAAGAAAUAUUCAUUGAAAUGUUCCCUUGAUAUGGUAUGAAAAGACUACAUCUUCAAAGGAAGAUGGAAACAAAUUUUCUGGACAUAAUCAAUAGACUGCUGUAAAGCUUACAUCUGUGGAAUAUCAUUUUCAUUGAUUCAACCGUUUUGAGGUCACGACAUAGAAGGUAGCUUGUUUUUAAAGAAAAUCUAUAAUUGGUUUUCAUUAGAGAGAGGCCUCCUAAGAGAGAGGCUAGGUGACAAAAAACUAAUAAUUACAGUGGAUCUUUUCAAGAAGGGUUUUCCCCCUUUAUGACUCACUUGAAUGCAAGGUACAUCAAUAACACUCUGCUCAACAGGACAACCUUCAUCUGUAGCGUCUGUUCCUUUCCUCCUUCACAGCAUGGCCCUUUUGGAGAAAAUUGUGCUUGCCACAGGCUAUAAGCUUUGCUUUCAGGUUGACUUUUUAAUAUUUCCAUUAUAGAAAAGAGUAAUAGAGGCUGGGAGGUAGCGAUUGCACAAGACCACCCAACAGGUUCAUGACUGAGCCAGAAUUCGAUGCCAUAUUUCCAAAGGUCCAGGCUGAGUAUGAUGUUCAUAUAAAAAGAGGGAAUUUGGUAGUUCACUAAAGUAUGUGUUAUUAUGUGACUAGGAGCCAUCACAUCACAAGUUAGCUCAUUUCCAGUAAGGAGGGAGGGGAAGACACUGAAAAUACUGUAUGUUUUGAAACAAGGCCUUGUCUGUCCAUGCAUGGCAAUUUUCAGCACUCGAGCGCCUGGCAUGCAUUCAGCCAGGAUCAAAACAUUGUGACCUCCUUAUUACCCAAGGGAAUUGCAAAAGGAAUUGCUUAGUCAUCAUCACACAGCAGUUCUGUAAAUCAGUGGGAGGAAUACAUCAUAGUCGUCUUGGAUGACUGAAUGGUGACUCUGGAACGGUUUCUUUUUCCUUUGCUGAUAACAAGUCCCUAAUCCAUUCUAUAAAUGUUGGGAAAACAGCUAGCUCCAAAGCUUUGGGGGCCUCCCUAGAAACCAUGGGCUACUUGCACUCUACUGCUGAGAGGGCUGCAUUGGUUACCAAUCUGUUUCUGGGCCAACUCUGAGGUUUUCAAGUUAAUUCCCUAAACAACUUGGACUCAAAGUACCUUAAGGACCGCCUGAAUCCUUACGCUCCCCACCCCUUAGUUGCUAAGAUCUUUGGAUGGAGCAAUUUCGGUGGUCCCAAAUGCCCCUGAAGGUGCAGCUGGACUUUACAAAGAAUUGAGCCUUUACUGUGGCAAACGCUGCUCAGUUUUAGGCAUCUUCUAAAAAAGUCACAUUAUUCACAAACCUUUCACAUGUGAGGUUUUUGACGUCCAGCUCUUAUUGGUGUGUUCGAUGUUUUUAUUGUUUUUAUUGUUAAUACUUUGUUUUUAGCCUGUAUACUUACAGUAUCCAUGAAAGUACAGUUUGUAAAUAUUUAAAUAAAGACACUUAUGAG